AUGCACGCGACCAUACUUGCCCUCGGCUGGGCAGCCACCGCCGCAGCUCGCGCAGACUCUGCCAGUCUCUCAGUCGGCGUGACCAUGGUUCACGCUUCGCUCCUCGCCCUGGGCUGGGCCGCGCUCGCCAGCGCUCACGAUACUCAGAAGCAGGUUCCCUUGGCUGGCCCCCUCGAGUCGGUCUGGUACAACACGUUGCCUGGAGAUGGAGGAACUCAGGCCGACUCCGUGUUCAGCGGCAUCACGACUUUCGGCCGCUUGCCGUACCAGCCGUGCUUGAAAGACUCGAGCGUCAACUACGACAUUGCUUUCAUUGGCGCUCCGUUCGACACUGGUACUUCGUAUCGCCCUGGUGCUCGCUUCGGUCCAUCAGGCAUCCGUCAGGGCUCUCGACGUCUCAACCUCUACGGCGGGUACAACGUUCCCUUGGAUGUCAACCCCUUUAACAGCUGGGCAAGGGUCCUGGACUGCGGUGACAUUCCCGUAACAUCAUACGACAACACCUGGGCCCUUCGCCAGAUCGAAGAAGGACACCAUCAGAUCCUCAGCCGCGCCCCGGCUACCAAUGCAAACAAGGCCGGCCCGGCCCUGCGCUCCAAGACCCUGCCCAGGGUCAUCACGCUCGGAGGAGACCACACCAUCACGCUGCCCCUGCUGCGGUCCAUCAACAGGGCUUACGGCCCCGUGUCCGUCAUUCACUUUGACAGCCAUCUCGACACCUGGAAACCCAAGGUCUUCGGCGGCUCGCCCUCGGAGGUGGCGUCCAUCAACCACGGCACCUACUUCUACCACGCGUCGAUGGAGGGCCUGCUGCACAACGACACCAACAUCCACGCCGGCAUCCGCACGACGCUGAGCGGGCCGUCCGACUACGCCAACGACGGCUACUGCGGCUUCGAGAUCGUCGAGGCGCGCGAGAUCGACACCAUCGGCACCGCCGGCAUCAUCAAGCGCAUCGUCGAGAGGGUCGGCACCAAGAACCCCGUCUACCUGUCCAUCGACAUCGACACGCUCGACCCGGCCUUUGCCCCGGCCACCGGCACGCCCGAGACGGGUGGCUGGUCGACCAGGGAGCUGAGGACCAUCCUGAGGGGUUUGGAGGAUCUGAACUUGAUUGCUGCGGAUAUUGUCGAGGUUGCGCCCGCCUACGACACCAACGCCGAGCACACCACCAUGGCCGCGGCCGAUGUGCUGUACGAGGUCAUGAGCAUGAUGGUCAAGAAGGGCCCGCUCAGCAACAUGAUUGAGGAGGAGGCCAUUGGUGACUUGUAA